AUGAGCGAACUAGAAGUUGAACAAUUUGCUUUCCAAGCUGAAAUAUCUCAGCUUAUGAUUUUCCUUCGUGAAUUGAUUUCUAAUUGUUCCGAUGCUUUGGAUAAGAUCCGUUAUGAGUCACUUACUGAUCCUUCAAAACUUGAAACCGGUCGUGAUUUGUAUAUCAGAAUUAUUCCUGAUAAAGAACACAAUGUACUCAUCAUUCGAGAUACUGGUAUCGGUAUGACAAAGGCUGAUUUGGUAAAUAACCUUGGUACCAUCGCCCGUUCUGGUACAAAGGCUUUCAUGGAAGCUUUACAAUCCGGUGCCGAUAUAUCUAUGAUCGGUCAAUUUGGUGUGGGUUUCUAUUCCGCCUACUUAGUUGCUGACCGUGUGAGAGUCAUCACCAAACACAACGACGAUGAACAAUACAUUUGGGAAUCAGCUGCCGGUGGUUCAUUCACUAUCGCACGUGACACACAAAAUCCCCUACUUGGACGAGGCACAGAGAUUCAACUCUUCUUGAAGGAAGACCAACUUGAAUAUCUUGAAGAACGCAAGAUUAAGGAAAUCGUUAAAAAACAUUCGGAAUUCAUUGGUUAUCCAAUUCAACUUGUCGUCGAAAAGGAAGUUGAGAAAGAAGUUGAAGAUGAAGAGGAGGUCAAAGAAGGGGAAGACAAAGAGGUCAAAGAGGACGAAGAGGUCAAAGAAGGCGAAGAUCAGAAACCUAAAAUUGAGGAAGUAGAAGACGAAGAAGAAAAGAAGGAGAAGAAAACAAAGAAAAUUAAAGAGAAAACUAAGGAAACCGAGGAACUUAACAAGACAAAACCACUUUGGACUCGAAACCCCGAUGAUAUCACAAAUGAAGAAUAUGCUUCAUUCUAUAAGUCUCUUUCUAAUGAUUGGGAGGAUCAUUUGGCUGUCAAGCACUUCUCUGUUGAAGGUCAACUUGAAUUCCGUGCAAUCCUCUUCGUUCCUCGUCGUGCUCCAUUCGAUCUCUUCGAGACAAAGAAGAAACGUAACAAUAUCAAAUUAUAUGUUCGUCGCGUCUUUAUUAUGGAUGAUUGUGAAGAUUUGAUUCCGGAAUACCUCAACUUCGUUAAGGGUAUUGUGGAUUCCGAGGAUUUACCUCUCAACAUUUCUCGUGAAAUGCUUCAACAAAAUAAGAUCCUUAAAGUGAUUCGUAAGAACAUAGUAAAGAAAUGUAUGGAACUCUUCUCAGAAAUUAGUGAAGAUAAAGACAACUUUAACAAGUUUUAUGAAGCCUUUGCAAAGAAUAUCAAACUCGGUAUCCACGAAGACUCUCAAAACCGCGCUAAACUAGCAGAAUUCCUUCGGUACCAUUCAACAAAAUCUGGAGAUGAAUUAACAUCUCUUAAAGAUUAUGUUACUCGAAUGCCAGAAAAACAAAAAGACAUUUACUACAUUACCGGUGAAAACCGUCAAGCUGUAGAGAAUUCACCUUUUGUUGAAGUGCUUAAGAAGAGAGGUUAUGAAGUUUUGCUAAUGACCGAUCCUAUUGACGAAUAUUCUGUAUCACAACUUAAAGAAUAUGAUGGUAAGAAAUUAGUCUGUAUUACUAAAGAAGGCCUGGAACUUGAUGAAGACGAAGAGGAGAAAAAGCAACGCGAAGAAGAAACUAAACAGUACGAGGAACUAUGUAAACAAAUCAAAGAAAUUCUCGGAGAUAAAGUUGAGAAGGUCCUUGUUUCAAAUCGUAUCUCGGAAUCACCCUGUGUUCUCGUCACGGGUCAAUAUGGUUGGUCUGCCAACUUUGAACGUAUUAUGAAAGCUCAGGCGUUGCGAGAUUCAAGCAUGGCUUCUUAUAUGGCUUCCAAGAAAAUUAUGGAAAUCAAUCCUCGCCAUCCAAUUGUCAAGUCACUUAAAAAUAAAGUAGAGGUUGACAAGAAUGAUAAAACCGUUAAAGAUCUCACAUGGCUUCUUUUCGAAACCUCACUUUUACAAUCUGGUUUUACUUUGGACGAACCAUCAUCAUUUGCUGGAAGAAUUUUCAAGAUGAUCAAGCUUGGUCUUGAUAUUGGCAGUGACGAAACCGAAGCAAUGGAAACUGAAGAAAUUCCAACUCUAGUUGACUCUUCCGCUGCGGAAGCUUCUCAAAUGGAAGAAGUUGAUUAA